UAUGUUUUGAGAGAAGGAAGGAGGCCGCUCUGACGUCCGUAUUUCUAUCAGCUCGGAGGAGAAUUCGCCGUCAAAAUGAGUGAGACGAGUGCUGUGGUGGAGAAAUCUCUGCGUUCCGUGUUUGUUGGAAACAUUCCAUAUGAAGCUACAGAGGAGAAACUUCGUGAUAUAUUUAGCCAGGUUGGCCCAGUCUUAUCUUUUAAGCUUAUGUAUGACCGUGAAUCUGGCAAACCAAAAGGCUAUGGCUUCUGUGAAUAUAAAGAUCAAGAGACAGCACUAUCAGCUAUGCGUAACUUGAACAGCUAUGAGAUCGGAGGCAGACCACUCAGAGUCGAUAAUGCUUGUACAGAGAAGUCAAGAAUGGAGAUGCAGAGUUUGAUGAUGGGUCCCGUUGUGGAAUCCCCUUAUGGCCCGGAGGUGGAGCCAGGGAAAGCUCCAGAAGCCAUCAGCAAUGCAGUGGCCUCUCUUCCCCCAGAACAGAUGUACGAACUUAUGCGGCAAAUGAAGCUGUGUGUGCGCAACAACCCCACUGAGGCUCGCACAAUGCUCAUGAAUAAUCCUCAACUUGCUUACGCAUUGCUGCAGGCUCAGGUUGUCAUGAGAAUCCUUGACCCCAAGACAGCUGUGCAGAUUCUCCAUGGGGGACGAGAAGCAGUGGAGCCCUUGAUGCCAGCUGGAAGUGUUCCUCCACCAUCUGUUCCUCCCCCGACCUCUGCUCCACCAACGCUUAAUGGAGGACCCCCUCCCCCAAGUGGCCCUCCCCCUCCAAACAACCUACCCACACGCUACCCACCACCCAUGGCAGGAGGACCAGGGGGCUUCCAAGGGCCCCCACCUGGCCCUCCACCUUCAAGAGGACCUCCUUUCCCAGGGGGUGACUUUGACAUGCGUCAGUUAGGUGGAGCACCAAGAGGACCUCCACCCCAAGGAAAUGAUCAGGAUAUGCGACUGCCUCCUCCAGGUAUGGGAGGACCUCCACCUCCUCAUGAUGGCUAUGGAGGCCCACAUCAUGACUUCGAUAACAGCCGACAAUCAAAGGAAUCAGAAGGAAGUAAUAGAUUUAGUCGUGAUCAGCGAAGUGAAUUUGACCAGCGUGACCAGAGGAAUGACCAGCGCGAUCAAAGGUUCAGGGAACCGCCACCAAGUCGUGAACCUCGUGAGACGUUCAGUCGUGGAGAUCCAAGAGACAACAGGUGA